UUGAGGCCAAAAGUCACUUCCGUUUCUAAUCAUCGAGCUGGGAGAAAUUAAGCUUUCAAAGUGCUUACGCGCUCUGUCUUCAUUUGCAAUAUCAUGUUGCAUUCAAAUUGAAUAUAUUAAUUCUUAUAAAUGGCGCAAAACAUAAAUAAAUACGGUGAAUUUUAAAGAUUUCAUUUUAUGUUGAAUCUUCAACAUUCAAAGUCUGAAGCUGUGGACAGCAAUGGAGAACAAUGAUCCAGCUCCCACCUCAGAGAAGAAGUUUGGGUUUCAUGUUGACCCUAGGUUUAUCAACCUCAGACCGCUCGCUCAUGGUGGUAAUGCCCCUGUGUAUUCGGCCACUGACAGUGAAUGUGACAAGGAAGUGGCCAUUAAGAAGUUGAGUUUUGGUAAUAGGCAUAGCUGUAAAUAUGCAUUACGAGAACUGCGUUUGAUGCGAAGACUACAGCACGAGAAUGUUGUGACGGUUUAUGAAGUGCUGGGCUCAAAUGGGUUGAGUUUAGAAAAGGGAGGGAAUGUUAACUUGAACAUUAAUGAGAUAAGCAGCGUGUAUAUUGUACAGGAACUUCUUCACACUGAUCUUCAUCAAUUAAUUCAGCAGAAGCAGCUCUCUCAGGAUCAUGUGCGACUCUUUACAUAUCAACUUCUCAGGGGACUGAAGUACAUCCACUCUGCCAAUGUCCUGCAUCGAGACUUGAAGCCCAUGAAUUUGCUGAUCAAUGUGGAGGAUCUAGUUUUGAAGAUAGCAGACUUUGGUCUCUCUAGAGUUGUGGACCCUGAGUAUUCCCACAAGGGCUUUCUGACUGACAAUGUUGGGACAUGUUGGUACCGCUCCCCAGAGCUGAUCAUCUCCCCACGCGAGUACACCAAGGCCAUAGAUCUCUGGAGUGUCGGCUGUAUUCUGGCAGAGAUGUUCAUUGGCAAACCAAUAUUUCCAGGUGCGCAUGAGAUGGAUCAGAUAGGUUUGAUACUGGAAACAGUGUCACUGAGUGACAACGAAUGGAACACAGUCACUCAGAUUUUGCCCUCAAGUUUCAUUAGAAAUCACACCAGGGUUCCUGAAAGACCCCUGUCUGAUUGCAUUAAAAGUGUAGAUAUUGACGCGUUGGAUCUCGUUGAGAAGCUGCUGGUGUUUGAGCCGAGCCUGCGCCUGACGGCAGAGGAGGCACUGGCCCACCCGUACCUGCAGCAGUUUCGCUGUGUUGAGGAUGAACCCAUAGUACUCACACCAUUCCAUAUAGAACACGAGGUUGAUGAUCUCUCUCCGAAAACCGCCAGACGCAUGAUCUCCAACGAGAUGUCAAAGUCACUCGACACAUGUGGCAGCCAGAUGGAAUGUCCGUCCAUCCCUAACACAGCCCAAAGGCCAACUGAGGUCCUGGUAGCUGUGGACCCACCCCAUGGUCAUCCCAUUGACCUGCACCGUCCGGUCAGCUCAGCCAAACCCAGGGCUGUAAAUAUUUGCAUUCAGGGCGAUUCAGUCCAGGAUAAAAACAGGCAGCCUGCAAAUAACAAGGUUGCAGUUGAUAAGAAUAAGCGAACACCAAGUCCCUUGAUAGAAGAGUGCGCUGAGCGUAUUGACAACGAUAGAGAUAUCAAUGAUCUCAGAAUGCAUAGGAAGUCCAUUCCCUUUCCUGGAAGUGUUGUGGCAUGUCCUUUCGGAAGAAGUGAAAUUGAUGGUAACCUUAAUAGUUUUGGUUUUUCUCAAGAUUGCAUGGAGUCAAGGAUAAAAAAUCUCAGGAUAAUAGUUGAUCUUCCAGACGAGGAAAAUAAGAAAGAUCAAAGCUCGCUGAAAGAAUGCAAAGACGAGGGAUCCGAAAAAUGCAAAGAAUCCAAAGAUUUGGAUGAGACAAAUGUUGAAAGGCUGGUUGUGAAAGUGGACGAUAUGCAGCCCAAAUUCAGAAUUCCUAAGGAUAAUGACAUUCUGAAUCAGGAGAGACAGCUAGAGUCCCCACGCACUCGAUCAAACUCUGGCUUUGAAGAAAUAGACUUUGUUCGUUUAGAAAAGGAGAGGUUAAGACAGUUGGGCUUGGCUGAGAAACUGAAAAAUGGGAAGAAAAAGAAGAAGAAUAGAAGAAAUAAUCGCAGCAACAGUGGGGAGGAAGGUCAAGACUUUGAUACCCUGUAUCGACUUCCCACGGAGCACUUGACUCGACACCGUAACAGUAUUUGUGGCAAGGAUAAGCAUGUUCGGAAGGUUGAGGAUCAGCUGAGGCUUCAUGAAGAGCUGAACGAGAGAAGGAAGAUGGUAGAGAUAGAGAGGGAACAUAACUAUGGUGCGGUGGGUGGGUAUCCCGAUGUGGAAGAAUCCAUAGUUGCCCAGGAUAGUGGUGUCGCCUUUGAGAAUCGCAAUGCGAGUCCCACGUCCGAACAUUCGCGCGAUAGCAGUCCUACCAAUGAGGAUGUUGUUAGACGUUUUUAAGGUAGUUAUAGGAUAGGCAGAGUAGCAAAGUUCUUGUACUUGAUUGGAAAUGUUUGUACAUGCACUUAUGUUUAAGUUUCAGAUUUGUAUACGUCUGUCUCUUAAAGAGGCAUAUUAUUUGAACACCCAUUGGGGAUGGAUGUUGGGUGGGCUGCUUUCUACUCUUUGAGUUGUACACUUUUCAUUGAAUCUUAAACAAACAUUUUUUUAAUGUUUGUUGAAGAAAAUUGGAGGCUCAGUUCCAGUUGGCAUAAGGCACUUAAGAGUAAAUGUCAUUUAUAUUUAGAAAAAAAGAUGUAAUUUGCCCUUUAAAGUUUUCUUAGAUUUUUCUUCAAUAAUUCUCCAGAAGUUUGUUGACAAAAUGGAGGCCAAGGAAGAUACCACCCAAUUUGAACCAAAUCAUGCCAGGCACUUCACAUUUAUUUCCCUUUGAUUAUACACAAAUUUAACAUUGUGUUAGCUCUCUUCACUCGUUCACUAUAUCAAAUUUUAAGAAAUUCUGCAGAUAUGGGGUCCAUUUUGAAAAAAAGAGCGUACAUUUCUAUCCAUGUGCUUGAUUUAUGUUUAUAUUGUUGGUGGUUUCUUGUGAAUAAAACAAUAACAAAACUUAAUUAUUAAGUCUUUCGUUGUAAAUGUAUAUCUUUGGAGCUUUUGUGAUUGUCAUUUCUUGUUAAACUUCAAUUUGAGCAUUUAGUUCACUUUUGAUCAUUCAAAAAAAGUUAUGGCCAUUAAAUUUGUCUUUUUGAAAAAAGUUGUUGCCAUGUUUUGUCAAACAAUAAUGAUAAAUAUUGGACACUUUAGAGUCAAUUUAAACGUAAUUGUCUGCAUUAAAUUGCAUAAAUGCAUUAAUAUAAUUAAAACUUAACAUUAUAAAUCUUAAAUAAAGAAACUAUAUGUUUUAUUAUUCAACCUAAUAAAUCUUGUAAAUUGUUGUUGAAAUUGUGAUUUUGGGUCGAUUUAUAAUUUAUAAUAUAUUUUUGAUGAAGAUGUCUUUCAACAUCUGAAGAGUGAAAAUGCUUAGCCAGUUAACCUGCUACAUGUUUUGUUUGUUUUCUUUUUAUGUCCCCCACUAUAGUAGUGGGGGACAUAUUGUUUUUGCCCUGUCUGUUGGUCUGUUGGUCUGUCUGUUUGCGCCAACUUUAACAUUUUGCAAUAACUUUUGCUAUAUUAAAGAUAGCAACUUCGUAUUUGGCAUGCAUGUGUCUCAUGAAGCUGCACAUUUUGAGUGGUGAAAG